CGACGCCGACGCCGACGCCGCGAUGCUGUCGACGUUGCCCGGGCGACCCUCUAAUUUCUCCAUUCCUCCUUCUUUUUAUCUCCUUAUCUCGGAAAUUUCACGAUGAUAUGUCUAGAGAUAUAUUUCUGUUCUGUCUUGAAUCUUUUAUUUUUUUGUCAUUUUUGUUCAUUAAGAAAUUUCUUCUUUUAAUUAUUUUUUUUUCUUUUCAUAGGAAAUAUACAUAUGUAGGUUUUCAUAUUUUUUUUUUUAUUUAAUGAAAUAAUGAAUAAGCUUAAGGCAAUCUGAAAACAUGUCGAGUCACAUUAAAGUUGAAAAGAUUAAUCUAGCUUUUAAUCUCCAAUGAUUUUAUUAUGAUUGACUAGUAACGUUGUCUCAAUAUAGUUUUUAAUCCGAAACGAUAGAAUUUUGACUGAAUUUUGUAAAUUGUACGCAUUUAAAUCGAUCCUUGAUACGAUCGAAUAAUUCCUUUAAUUCUACACUUAAAUCAAUUAUAUUAAAUAUUAACCAAUGAUAGAACCGAACCAUCUUGAUAAUUAUUCUUUACAUUUGGAAUAAAAAAAAAUGAAAUAAUCAUAAUCGAUUGAUCGAUUCUAAUUUCUUGCAAGUAUUGAGGUUAUUUAAACAAAAUGGAUAGAGACGUUAUCAAAGUUUAUGCCAGAUUAAAACCAGAAGUAAACCGCGAUAAUCUUACGAAAUAUCGUAUACUUCGUCGACCAAAGGAUCACAACAAAGAAGAUUUUUUGGUGUUACUGGCGCCUUUUAAAGACGACAAGUAUAUCGAUCAUCGACCCGAAUCAUGGAAGUUUUCAUUUCACCAUAUUAUCGAAGAAGAAGCGAAUCAACGAGAUGUCUUUGAGGAUGUCGGUCGGCCUGUGAUCGAGAGUGUCCUUGAUGGUUACAAUGGUACUGUCUUCGCUUAUGGCCAGACAGGCAGUGGCAAAACUUAUACGAUAGCAGGUGAAGUUUCAACUAGCAAUAGACAAGGUAUCGUACCAAGAACCUUAAGAUAUCUCUUCGACGUCAUUAAGACGCAUCCGGAAAACGUUUAUUCCGUGGACGUGGCUUAUCUGGAGAUCUACAAUGAAUACGGUUACGAUUUGCUCGAUCGAAAGCAGCAGCAGCAGCAGCAGGUGCAGCAGACUAUGCGUUUGGAGGAUUUACCACGCAUUAGCAUCCAGGAAGACGAAAAGGGAAUACUGCAUCUCAAGAAUCUGACCUUCCACAAUGUAAAGAGUGAAGACCAGGCGAUGGACUUAUUCCUUAUUGGCGAUUCUCGCCGCGUUACAGCUGAUACUCCUACGAAUCCACAGUCAUCGAGAUCUCAUUGUAUUUUUACCAUCGUUGUAUCGGUAAGGCACCUUGGAGCUAAUCGUUACAAGAGAGCCAAGAUGCACUUGGUCGAUCUAGCAGGAUCCGAACGAGUUUACAAAUGUGCGAUCAGUGGAACUGUUUUGUCAGAAGCGAAACAUAUUAAUUUGAGUUUACAUUAUUUAGAACAAGUUAUAGUAUACUUGAAUCAGGAAAAUUCAGGUCACAUACCUUACAGAAAUUGUUUGCUAACCGCUAUUUUAAGAGACAGUCUCGGUGGAAAUUGCGUGACGACAAUGUUGGCUACUUUGAGUAUGUCUUCUACCAAUAUUCAGGAAACAGUAUCAACUUGUAGAUUUGCUCAAAGAGUCGCUUUAGUUAGAAAUGAUGCUAAAUUGAUACUAGAGGAUGAUUUGAACGGUGAAAAUAUACUUUUGAAAUUGGAGAAUGAGAAGCUUCGUAAACAAAUCGAGGAGUUAAUAAAGCAAAAUGAAAACUUAAAGAAUAUGUUAUCUUUGCAAGAAGAUAGAGAUGAUUUUGAAAAAAAAUUGGAUUAUUAUAAAAAUUUAGUGAUGCAACGAGAUCAAGAAAUUUCUGUCCUACUAGGUUUGUUAAGAAAAGCUAAGGAUAAGAAAAAUCAAGUGGAAGAUAACAAUAUAGAAAUAAAAUCUAAAUUGAAGUUCAAAGCGAAAGAAAGUACAGUCGAACGUUUGUCUAAGACGUCAAAAUUAUACGAAAUUAUAGAAAAAUCUGGCCAUAAAAACGAUAUACAAUUAAGAAAGGAAACAGAUUCCGACGAGUUAUGCAAACCAGAAAUAAAUUUAUUACAAAAAUCAUCAGAAGAAAAAUCGAAAAUUAAACGAAACAUUGAAAACUUAGAUAUUACUCGUAAUAGUGAAAACGAGCAUGAUUCGUCGAAGAAAGCAAAUUCGUUAAAAAAAUCGUUAGGCGUGAGUAAUAAAGUAGAAGGUAAUCCUUUAAAAAAUAAUAGAUUGAUAUUAGAAGAGGAAUUGGAAACAAAAAAGAUCGAUAAAAAUUUACACGAUGAUUCAAUUUAUUCGCCUAAUUUAUCUUCAAAUAGGGCAGUUACCAAUAAAUUGCCUGAUUUAAUAAUAAACGAUGCCCUCGUUAAUUAUCCCAACAAUAAUCAACUAGAAACACAACGUUUACAAAAUAUUAUAAAAUACAAUAAAGUUGAUAACGAUUUCGAGAAGAAUUUACCAUUGACAGGUGAUCCAGAGAUCGACGAAGAGAUCAUCGCAUUUUAUAAAGCUAAACGUUCUGGUGGAAUUUAUUAAUGAUUUUUUAAAUAUUUUGUAUUAUUUUUCGCUAAAAUAUAAUAAUAAAUU